AUGCCGUUCAGCUCCGAGUGCCGAUGGAACUGCUUUGGAGUCCUGGCUUCUGCCAACUUGGCUCGUUCAGAUGUCGUCGGACUAUACGUCGGCACUCUCAAAGCCAUCGACAGCGACACCGCCACCGUCUCCCUCCAAGAUGUUCAAUGCCAUGGCACCGAAGGCCGCAAGGGCAACCCCGCCGAAGAGAUGGCCGGCUCUGACACCCUCUACGACGGCAUAGUCUUCCGCGGCAGCGAUGUCAAAGACCUGACCAUUAUCGCUCCUCCCAAAGAGAACCGCCCACCUCAGCAAAUACCCAACGACCCGGCCAUAUUAGGGUCUUCCUCCUCUCCCGCGCAACAGCAACAACCUCCGCAACAGCAAAACCAGUUCCGCGGUCCUCCGCCCCCAUACCCACCGCAGCAACAGUUCGGAUACCCUGGUCAGCCACCCAAUCAAUUCCAACAACCGCCGCGAUUCCAGGGUCCUGGCGGUGCUCAUGGAUUUCCCGGCCAGCCCGGCGCAGUUCCCGGCUACGGCAUGGGCUUUGGCCCGCCACCGCCAGGAUAUGGCCCAAUGGGUAUGGGAUAUGGUCCACCACCGCCAGGUGCACCAGGAUUUCAGGGUCCGCCGCCUGGCCAUUUCCCCCCAAAUCAGCAACCAAUUGGUCCACCCGGUCAGAUGAACCACCAGCGACCACCGCAGCAGAUGCCUCCUCAACAGCAGGCGCCUAUUGGCAGCAAGCAGAACACUCCACAACCCGAAUCAAAUCAAGCUCCUCCCCCAACGAACCCUGCCGAAAUGUCAGGCACUCCCAUUCCACCAUCGACUUCCACAGCUGGCCCUCCACCACCAGUCGAAUCAAAGCCUCCUCCUUCUGCUGCAACCGCGCCAGCAGCCGCACCACAGGCGCAGCAACAACCUGCUCCUAAGCCUGUUCAGAAAGCUAACCCAAGAGUGGCUGUACCGUUGGCGAGCCCAGCUGCGGUCAAGCAACAACCAAAACCUGCACCACAGGCUCCUGCAGCUGCAGCUGCAGCAUCGAGCACUCAAGCUCCCCUCCCUUCGGUCAAUCCAGAUGCUGCCACUGCCGCGGUUGCCGCCGCUAUGGCCUCCUUGGGUGUGCAGAACCAGCAAGCAGCCGGCGUGGACAAUCUCACGCAGAAAGUCAAUCAGAUGAGGGUUCAAGAUCAUCAGACCCGAGGACGAGGGCGCGGUCGUGGAGGAGCACCCCGCGGUGGAAGACGGGAAAGCGCACAGAAGGGUAUUGAAGUUCCUAAGGAGGAUUUCGACUUUGAGACUUCGAACGCCAAGUUCAACAAGCAGGAACUUGUCAAGGAGGCAAUCGCAUCUGGAAGCCCGAUCACCAGUCCAGCCAACGGUGAUAUCCCAGAUCCUCUCUCUGCUACAAACGGACAUGCCGCAGAUGUCGAGGACGUUGUUAUUCCACCAAAACCCGCGGAUAAGGGCUAUGAUAAGAAGUCCUCAUUCUUCGACAACAUCAGCAGUGAUCUCAAAGAUCGCACCGAGCAACAGCAGGCCCAUACAAUGGUUGACGGGCGUGCAAUGCGUCGUGAAGAGCGCACGAGGAAUAUGGAGACUUUUGGCCAAGGCAGCGUUGAUGGAGGAGGCUACCGCGGCAGGGGUCGCGGCCGCGGUCGUGGCUUUGAAUUCGAGAAGUACCUGCAACGAUGGAGUGAUCUCGACCUGAAGCAACCUGCAGCCAUCUUACUGCCUCGAACAGAAGACGAGUGCCAGAAAGCUGUUCGUUGGGCUGUGUCCAACAAUAUUCCCUUUACAGCCAAAUCCGGAGGUCAUAGUCUGUAUUCUACGAUCGGCGAGAAGGGCGUUGUGAUAGAUCUUUCUGAUUAUGCUGGGAUUAAGCAUGACAACGAGAGCAAGACGGCUGUGUUAUGGGGUGGAGUAAACACGAAGACAGUAGCCGUACAGUUGGCGAAGGAUGGAUGUUGCACGACCCUCCCAGCAGUCAACGCAGUCGGCGCAAUCCCCUUCUUCCUCAACGGCGGCCUUUCGAAAAACGUCGCGCAGCUGGGCUACGGUUCCGACCUGAUCGUUUCCGCUCGCGUCAUCACAGCAGACGGCAAGCUCAUCGACGUCGACGAGGACCACCACGCAGACCUACUCUACGCAAUUAGAGGCGCCGGACAAUACUUCGGCCUCGUUACGCAACUCACCAUCCGCACAUUCACCUUCGAAGAAGCCCUCGACAACACCCAAGGCGUAGUCUGGGACGGCCGCUUCAUCUUCCCCAUCGACCGCGCGCAAGAAAUCUGCGAGGUAAUGAAAGACAUCGUCUCAAACGACGCGUACGCGAUGAACGGCCUCAUAAUGGUCGGCGCCCCUCCCCCAGCACGAAAGCCCUGCAUCGCCGUCCUCCCAAGACUAAUCUCCAAAGACCCGAGCACCCUCCAACAAGAAGCCUUCAAGCCCCUCUACGACCUCAACCCUCUUGUCACAGGAGGCAGCGAGAUCCCUAUCCAAAACGCCGCCGACGCCCUCGACCCCUUGGGCGCCUGCGGGGGAGGCUACAAGAAACUCGUCCUCACAGGCCUGUACAGUCUCGAAUCCUCCCUUUUCACAGACGUCACGAAAAUCUGGCAGGACCUCACAACCUCCCACCCCGACGCCCUCUCGACGACCUUUUCCUUCCAAUGGGAUUCCCGGCCUCCGAAACACGCACCUUUCGAGAGCGCGAAUAGUAUGCACGACGUGAGGUUUUGGGCGAAUAAUAUGACGUGGUGUACAGAUCCUGGAAGUGUGGAGGCUGUUGAAAAGGCGUUGGAGAAGGUUAUUGGGACACUGAGGACGGGGCAGAGGGAGGAGGAGUUUGUGGAUUUUGCGAAUAGUCUGAGGACGGGGCCGGUGGGGAGGAGACAUCGGGGGGAGGAGAGGGUGGGGAAGUUGAGGGAGUUGAAGAGAGUGUGGGAUGGGGAGGGGGUGUUUGGGAGGGAGUUUUUGUAA